AAUGGUUUUUUGGGAACAGACGAUGAUUUGAAGAAGGAUCCCCAGUUUCAAAAUGAUCCUUCAGGUUGUACUGCAGUUAUGGCCAUUGUUACACCAAAUGGUGAUAUAUACGUCGGAAAUGCUGGAGAUUCUCGUGCUGUUCUCAGCGAGGAUGGAAUAGCAAUCCCGAUGUCAGAUGAUCAUAAGCCCGUUAAUCAAGACGAAUCUAAACGAAUUACAGACGCUGGUGGUUUUGUAGAAUUUGGACGAGUUAAUGGAAAUUUGGCAUUAUCUCGUGCUCUUGGUGACUUUGAAUUUAAGCAAAAUCCAAACCUAGACGCAAAAAAACAAAUCGUAACAGCAUAUCCUGAUGUUAAACAAAAAGAUAUUAAAUUUGAAUCUACAGAGUUUUUAGUCUUAGCCUGUGAUGGUAUAUGGGAUUGUCUUACAUCACAAGAAGUGGUUAGCUUUAUUCGCAAAAACCUUUCUGAAAAUAAAGAUCUCAGGAAAGCUUGUGAAGAUCUGAUGGAACGCUGUUUAGCUAAAGAUAGUGAACUUGGUGGUAUUGGUUGUGAUAAUAUGACUGUAAUCAUUGUUGGAUUCCUCCAUAAUAAGACUGAAAAGGAAUGGUAUGAAUGGAUGGCAUCAAGAUAUGGAGAAAAAGGUCCUGAAUAUAAAGAUGAACCUAGAUUACCAAAAGAAGACAGUAAUUUAAACGGUGAUAGUCUUGUUGAUGAAGUGGAAGCAUCGACAAAUGAAGAUGAUCUUACACUUGAUAAUGCUCGAAGCGACAGCGUUGAUACAAAUGAUACAAGUCGAAGCAAUAGCAAUGAUAGUAUUCGAAGCGAUAGCACUGAUAGUAGUAGCCCUAAUACACCCGUUUCACAACAAACAGACAAUAGGCCGCAAGCUAAAGGUUCUGAAAAAAAAUGA